AUGCAAACCCUGCGGAAGAAGACCAGCCCGUGCAAGUACAAGAAUGAGCCAUCGCGGUUCCUGGGAGAAGGGGUGAGCUUCAAGGCGAAGCUGAUCGGCAUCCUGGAGGUGAGCGAGGCGCGCGGGGACCGCAUGUGCCAGGAGGCGCUCGCCGACCUCAAGAUGGCGAUCCGCGCGGCGGGCGAGCACAAGCAGCGCAUCAGCAUCAACAUCGCCAUCGACGGCCUGCGCCUGCGCGACGAGAAGACCGGGGACUGCCUGUACCACCACCCGGUCCACAAGAUCUCGUUCAUCGCGCAGGACAUGUCCGACUCCAGGGCGUUCGGCUACAUCUUCGGGUCGCCGGACACAGGCCACCGGUUCUUCGGCAUCAAGACGGACAAGGCGGCGAGCCAGGUGGUGAUUGCGAUGCGGGACCUGUUCCAAGUCGUUUUCGAACUGAAGAAGAAGGAGAUAGAGAUGGCCAAGCAGCACAUAGAACAACACCAGCAGAAGACAGCUGAAGAUCCGCCCACGGAUACCACCUCAGGUUCAAAAGGCGAGCAGCCGUUCAGGAAGAUGAAGACCAUCCAGGAGGACUCCGCCAAGGACGAAGGACACCCCGCGCCGUCCUCGGCGGACAAGCCGGCGCAGCGCACCUCAGAGGUGAUCGCCGACCUGCUCGACCUGGAGUUCGAGCUGAACAGCAUCCAGCAGGGCAUCCACCAGAUGGAGAGGAUCACGCCCUCCGACCCGUUCGCCAAGGGCGACCCCUUCGGCGACUCCUUCGCGCCCGCCGUGUCCCCGCCGUCAUCUUCGGCGGCUGCCCCCAGGCCCCAGCGGGCCGUCGUGGCGAUCCUUCCGCCCCCGCCGUCGUCCAAGGACUCGUCCGCGGAUCCUUUCGGCAGCCGGCCCCACGGGCGACGCGCGGCAGCGGCGGCGGCAGCGGCGGCGCGGCAGGCGGCCUCCGAGCCACCGCCCCCGAGCAAGACUCCGCCGCCGCCGGUCGAGGACCCGGAGAAGCACUGGUUCGACAGGGAGACCGAGUCCUUGUUCGAGGAGGACGAACUCAGGUCUCCGCCCGUCGCUUCUCUGCACGCUCUCCCUCCUGCCGCCGACAAGUCACCUGGUCAGACCGUAAACAUCAGUCCACCAAAGCCACAGCAGCCAAGCAGCCAUAUUGAUGUUUUUAUGGAACUCGAUCCUCUGGGCACAGGACGCAAUAAACCUUACGUCGACCGGAAAGACUUUUUUCAAGAGCUGAAAAACCCUCCAAAGAAGGUUCUCAAGGACUUAGUGACUGAAGCCCCGAACGAGGCAACUGCUCCGCUUUUCAGAGCUAACUUUGACGUGAAACCUUCAGCAAGUAUUCAGACAUAUCGCGGUUUCCCCAGUGAAGGUGUAUUGGCGUCUGCAAACCAAGCUGUUAGUUCCUCCAACCUCCCAGUGUCGACGGAAACAAUGAAGCCUUCGAAACCGGAAGUCGAGCCGUUCCCGACCAGCAACAUGUUUAAGACUGAUCCAUUUGAGGAUGAAAAUUUCGUUUCAAUUAGCAGCGUUGCAACUAGUGUUAGUGCAAGUGAUCCUUUCGAUACAGAUUUUGCCGAUUUUACAGCAUUUUCAAGUGAAAGUCCUGGUCAAACGGUUACUGAAAAAUUUGAUACGGAGCAGAAAACACUGAUCCUUCAACAAGGUCCUGAAUCAGUUGCUUCUAAAGCGAAUUUCCACGGACCACUGCGAGUAUCUCUCCCACCGGAGAAGGAGAAUGUCGAAGUACCAGUUGCGGCAUUUCCCGACUUAAAAAUCAUCGGCAUUGCAAGCCCUGCAACAAGCUCUUCAGUCAGUCUAAGCAGAAUACGCAGUCGGGCGAAUAAAUUUCAAAAGCAAAUGACCACUUCUGAUAUCAUCCGAUUGCCAAGUCCAAAAACGCAUCAAAUGCUAGCAGAUUUAACCAGGCAAAAGUCCUUGGACUUAUGCAGCGCGACUUCAUCUUUUAGAUUAGCCUCUAGUCCGACACCCCCUGUAACACCUUUACCAGUUUCUCUUGAAAGUUUGUCUCCACCCCACGCUGAAAGUGAACCCAAAAUAAUAAGUUCUUUCCAAUCUAAGGUUGCUUCUUUUCCUGAGAGUCCAGACAUUGAUAGUUCCUCCAUCAUGCCAAUCUCAAGGACAGAUCAAAAAGAAAUUGCACCAGAGCCACCGCCACGACCUACAACUAACAUUAUGCCUAUAAAACCUCCUCCAUUGCCACCAAAGAGACAACAGACGAACGAAGCCGUCAAGCCACCACCAAGACCACCACAUGUUGAUGAACAUUCUGGUUAUGAUUACAUCGACGAGUAUAAUAUAUCGUCAGAGCUGCGUGGUGUGGAAGAUAUAAACAAGAUGCCACAAUCCAUCCCUGUAGGAACUCUUCAGUUUGAUGAUUUUGACGGUGGUAUUUCAGUACCACGUCGACCAAAGAAAGAGUCGUCUGCUGCACCUACAGAAUAUGUGCCUUCUUUUCCAAAAUUACCUCAAAAAAUAACGAAAUUUUCUCCACUUAGUACGGAAAAAAUUUCUUUUGCAGCUGUCACCACAAUAGAAUCAUUUUUACAGACUUCCACAAGUUCAACCUCCUGCUCAACCAACGAGACUCAGCAUAAAAAGGCACACCAAAAAGCUUCGCUUGAUAUAACAUUGAGCCAACUCACUAAAACUGGAUUAAACGACCUUGCUCAAACUCUUGGUGUUUCCACUGAUCAAUUGUCUAAAAUGACCCUCCAAGACUUUACCAAUAAACUUUCUAAAUUGACUGCAUUCAGUCAAAGUGUAGAGGACAAUGGCGAAGAGAAUAAAUCUGAAAUACAAAAUAUUAAAAGAGAAAAAUACUUAACUCUUAGGGAAUCAGUUGAUGAAGAGCCAGUGUUCAAAGCUGAAUUUGAAGACCAUUUUGAUAAUGUUCAAGGAAAUGAAAAGUUUGAAGAUGUAUUCCAAAACCCAUCUUUUGAUAAAUACGCAGUUUUCCGUGAAUUGAUCGAACAAGAAUCCAAACGAGAAUCUGCAGAACCAACUGAAAAUAACAAAACAACAUUAUUAGAACUAGAAGAAAAUACUGAAGAAGGCAUUUAUGUAACUCUAAAGGAAAGUGCUGAGAGUGGAGAAUACGACCAAGACAGGUAUGCAGCACUAAGGCAAAUUUGUGCCAAUGGUGACAAAGUAGCAUCAGAAGCCAUCUCUACAAGCAGUGACAAAGAAGAAACACAAGUAGAUGAUACUCUGCAUAAAAUUUCACAUAUAGACGAUACAGACAGUUUUGAGACCAACACAGCUAGAGAACCAACAUCUAUUAUUGAAACAACUAUCGAAGAAGAGGAUAUUACAACUAUUGAAUCAGAAAACACUAAUUUACCAGAAAAACUAAGUGUAACUAAAAAACAGGAUGUAUCUGGGGACAAAAUAACUUCUCCAGGAACAAAAUACGAACAUCAAAUUGUUCAGACUGAUAACACUGGUAUCAUAUCUUCUGAUCAUGAAAUAAAAAAGAUUUCUGAUGAAACUGUAGUAACUAGUGAAGAAGAAACGAAGUCUCCUGUAAUAGGUUGGGCCAAAUUUGAUAUGAAACCACUAAGAUUUGAGCGACCAAGGCAUGAAACUUCAAACGAAGAAGUGGUUUCUCCAUGGUCUAGUGAUGGUAAAGACUUAAUCAAAAUCCCAGCUACAUGGCAAGAAGAGUUUUCUUCAAAACCAGAAAAGUGCCACAAAUACAAGCAAAGGACUUCUCCCUGGAAGGAAGAAGACAGUGAAGAAUUUUGGGAAGAUGUUACUCAACACCCACAGCAUGAGAAUGGUUGGAGUGAUGGAGAGUCCUUUUAUGAUGAGAUGGUGCAGGUGAAGGACAGACGACCACGAAGGAAAAAGACAUCUCCGUGGAAAGACAGGAAAAUAUGUAGGGAUGUUCCAUCCUUGGAAAUAAAGAAAAGAGGCGAGGAGGUGCAGCACUGGAAAGGAACGUGGAAAAGGUGUAAAGAGCGUUCCAUGGACGAAGAAGAAGACGAAGAGGAAUACGAAUACAACAGAAGCAGGCCACGGCACAGGGGACUUUCGUGGGACGAGGAAAGGAGGAGGAGACAUGGCUCUGCAGAAUACGAUGGAGAUGGAUAUGAAUAUGGACCCAGGCAGAGACCAUCACCAUGGAGAGCUGAAAGAGAAAGGCGAGGUAGUUGGGAAUCCGGUUCUUGGGAUGAAGAAGAUAGGUUUUCGCAGCGGGAAUACGCAGACAGAUGGUUACGAAAUGAUGAAGAAGAAGAAUAUCGUCGGCGAAAAUACAGCGGAGGAUCGGAAGGAGACUAUGGCCACAGUGAGUAUGUAGGUCGAAGAAGACAUCGUAAUUACAGGGAUAGAUCUCGUGAAUCACCAUGGGAAGAAGAAUACGGCGAAAACGAUCGUGAAGAAUCGAUGCGCUACAGGUCCAGAAAAAGAAACUGGCCUGUGCGACCAAAUAGUGCCUCAGAAACUCGAAGAACUGCAGAAAAACAUUCACCUGAUGAUCAGUUUGCAGCUGCAGAAUCACAACAGAACGAAGGAGCUGGGAAGCCCCAGACGACGAGGACUCCAGCGCAGCGUCAGUCUCCGUUCGAGGACGACUUCACGCUACCUGAGACAUACAACACGAAUACUGCGAAAAGAUGCGCUUCCAGUUUAUCAAGCGACGUGAGUGAUUACCUCAAGUCUCCUUUCGAGGAAGCUCAGUUCACUGGCCGUAUCGAGAGCGUCGCAGAAGAACCGGCGUGUGACAGCGAUUUCGACCCGAAGAAUGGAAAAGAAACGGACGACGUAUUCCUUCCCGUGGAUAAUGCGCAAGAAGGCUUGUCUGUCGCAUCUAAAUUUCGCAGAGAAGACGCAGCAUUCCAGGAUAACGCAAUGGUUAGAAACAGAUCACUUGAAAAGCAAGCAACGGGCCGCGAGGAUUCCAGCAGGGGUGAAAAAUCAACGACCCACAUGAAAACCAGACUGUCACUUCUGAGAGCCGACUCAUCUUCGAGUCUGAGGAAGUCGGAGUCUGUCAAUAUCUUCGUCCGCGAGACCGAUCCAUUUGACGAUGACUUCUUCAGCACGAAUGAGGCAUCUUCGUUGGGGGCGGACAGCAGGAGAAGAGACAGGUCUAAGGCGAACAGUGAUGCUACGAAGUGGACCAAGACUUUCGACUUUUUCGACUUCGAAGAAGGGCAGUGA